GAAGUUCAAUACACAGCCGCAGUGACAUCAUAUGCAGCAUGGCUGCGUUCAGUGCCACAAGGUGUUUAGUAAGGUCUUAUUUUUGCGUUAAAUGUGUAGAUCAUGUGCAAACGCGUUUGCAGACUACUACACGAACGUUCUGUGUAUCAGCAUCACGCAGCAGUUCCACGGAUGUACCUAAAGCUCAGUUCACAGACACAGAGGUUCAAGACAUUCUGACCAAAAUCACAGGUCUGGACCUGAAGAAAGUGUUCCGACCCAUAAGACAGCAGCUAACGCCACCUAAAUACAAGCUUAUGACAGACACCGAAUUAGAGGAGGCAGUGCGUAAGGCAGAGGAACAGGCAAAACAAUUGCUGAAGAUGCCACCGGUCCUGCCUGAAAGGAAGCCCAUAAAUGAAGUGCUCUCUGAAGAUCAGAUGCUAGAAGGCAUGGACACAGCUAAUUAUGUCUUCACCGACAUAAACUUUAACGUCCCGCAUCGAGAAAGAUUCAUAGUUGUGCGAGAGCCCAGUGGAACCCUAAGAAAAGCGACAUGGAAUGAAAGAGAUAGGAUAAUACAAAUUUAUUUCCCCAAAGAGGGUCGCAAGAUCACACCACCACCCAUCUUUAAGGAAGAAAACCUUAGGGUGGUCUUUGAACAGGAUAGACACGAGGAUGUGCUAAACCAAUGCGUUGCCCAAUUUGAGCCAGACUCUGCAGAAUUUAAGAAUGUGCUCAUGCUGACCUAUGAGGACAUUGAAAAGCAUGGAAAAUAUGAUCUGCUUAGAUCCACACGUUUCUUUGGUGGUUUGGCCUGGCAUCUGGUUAAUGGGCAGCGAAUUGAUGGUCUUCUUGUGGACAUGUUACAGAGAGACUUGCUGCCGGAUGCAGUGAGGUUGGUACGUCUGUUUAACUUGGUCCAUCCUCAGAGUGAGUCUGCGCAGCAUGCUCAAAGACAACAGGCCACUGACCUGGACUUGCUCAAGAUCUAUGCCCAGUAUGAGUCAAAAAGAGCUGGAUUCAUUGAGUUGGCGGUGCAAACGUAUGAACAGACCAAAGCACUGAGCUCUUUUUAAAUAGUAUGAAGUGUUAAAACACUGGAAAACAAACAAUAAUAGUUAUGAAUGAAAGUAUUUGUCAUAUUGUUUGAAUGUUAAUGUCACGUUUUGAAAAGUGUACUCAUUCUCUGCGUAAUAAAGAAAUCUUUUG